CUUGCACCCAAUCGCCCGAAAACUUACAGCCAGCAGCAUCAAAUACGCCGAGCCAACCUUGCCCCAAUCUUGCUAUCACCAACUGCGCGCGACAACAUAGUCCCGCCAACGUCUUAUUGUGCAACCGGCACUUCUAGCGCCGAACUCUGGGCGCUGCUACUUCGUCAUUUUCAGCUUCGUGUUCGCCGCAACCACUAAUCACAAUGCCCGGUGCUGUCGGGAGCCAGGCCGGCUCUCCAGGCAGGUUACUAUUGAUAUCCAACCGUUUGCCCAUCACCAUCAAACGCUCCGAAGAUGGCCAGUAUACGUUCUCCAUGUCGUCGGGCGGCCUCGUCACUGGGCUCAGUGGCCUCUCCAAAACCACAAGCUUUCAAUGGUACGGCUGGCCGGGUCUGGAGGUUCCUGAGGCCGAGGCGGGCCCGAUGAGACAGCAACUGAAGGAAAAGUACAAUGCCAUUCCUGUGUUCGUUGACGAUGACCUGGCCGAUCGUCACUACAACGGGUUUGCAAACUCCAUUCUAUGGCCCCUGUUCCACUACCACCCCGGCGAAAUCACGUUCGACGAGUCCGCAUGGGCGGCGUACCGCGAGGUGAACCGGCUCUUUGCCAAGACUGUAAUAAAGGACGUGCAAGAUGGCGAUCUCAUCUGGGUCCACGAUUAUCAUCUCAUGCUACUGCCACAGAUGCUGCGCGAGGAGAUUGGCAGUUCAAAGAAGAAUGUCAAGAUUGGCUUCUUCCUGCAUACGCCCUUCCCCAGCAGUGAGAUCUAUCGCAUCUUGCCCGUUAGAGAGCAGCUCCUGCUGGGCGUUCUGGAAUGCGAUCUGAUUGGCUUCCACACCUACGACUAUGCAAGACAUUUCCUAAGCAGUUGCUCAAGAAUACUCUCGACCGCGACGACUCCGAACGGCGUUGAUUGGAAUGGUAGGUUCGUUACUGUCGGCGCCUUCCCAAUCGGCAUUGAUCCGGAGAAGUUCGUCGAGGGGCUGAAGAAGCCGAAUGUCCAAAACCGAAUUGCUGCCCUCAAACGCAAGUUCGAAGGGGUCAAGCUGAUCGUUGGCGUCGAUCGACUUGAUUACAUCAAGGGUGUUCCCCAAAAGCUUCACGCUCUCGAGGUCUUCCUCACCGAACAUCCGGAAUGGAUCGGAAAGAUUGUGCUUGUACAGGUCGCCGUCCCUAGCCGGCAAGAUGUUGAGGAGUACCAGAACCUACGCGCUGUCGUCAACGAGCUGGUAGGCCGUAUCAACGGCAAGUUUGGCACCAUCGAAUUUAUGCCAAUCCACUUCCUCCACCAGUCCGUCAACUUCGACGAGCUGACGGCCCUCUACGCCGUCAGCGACAUCUGCCUGGUCAGUUCGACGCGCGACGGCAUGAAUCUCGUCUCGUACGAAUACAUUGCGACACAGCGUGAGCGUCACGGUGUCAUGAUACUUUCCGAGUUCACGGGUGCCGCGCAGAGCCUCAACGGCAGUCUCAUCGUCAAUCCGUGGAACACCGAGGAGCUGGCCAACGCCAUCCACGACGCCGUCACCAUGUCGCCCGAGCAGCGUGAGGCAAACUUCCGCAAGCUGGAGCGUUACGUCUUCAAGUACACGAGCGCGUGGUGGGGGCAGAGCUUCGUCACGGAGCUGACUCGCAUCAGCGAUGCGGAUGAGGGGAAACGUGAGAAGUCGGGCGCCAAACUGGCCCUGCGGAACGCGGCCGAGGGCGUUGCGGGGGCUGCGAACACGGCUAUCAAAGGGGCUCAGGAUGCCGUUGCCGGUGUCACCAGGGAUGACAAGGAGUCUACAUGAUACGCGGGGCUUGCUUCCUAGGUUGAUCUUGCAUGGCGGUUUGCUCAAGUAUCAGUGCUAGAAGUAUCUUCAAGUCAUUUGACGCUGUGGGACUGGCCAAGAAUACAAGCUCACCUGUGUAAUGAUUUCUAUCUUAUGACCAUGUUCAUUUGUAUUUCCUAAUCCUAGCAACCCCCUCCCACUGACGAUAGAUAUGCUCGCUUGGAGGUACGGAGAGGCGUUUGGUUUAGAUGCGGAUAUCAGCUGUUUGAUCCCAGGUUGGAUUUCCUAACUUAUGUUGUGAUUUUGGUAGCAUCGAGACAGAAUGCGAGCCCUCGGAUCCGUCGGUUUCGCCUGGA